UUCCUUUACACCAACAAAGCUAUUUUGGCUUGCGGUUGUAAACAAUUGAGCACAAAAUUUGGUAUUUCAAUAAAAUACUGAUUUAUAAAACUAUUCCAACAAGAACAAACAUUUUUUGCCACUAUUAGUUUAGUCUUUUCCAAGCGCGUCUGUAGUGUGCUGCCGAUACCUAGCAUGGAAACUGAAACAGCGACGCCAGAUAAUCAGGCGCUUGCCAAAAAUGCGGAACCAAUGGAUACAGAUGAAACUGUAAAUAAUGCUGAAAAUACAAGUGGCGAUUCGCAAGGCCCUAACGACCAACCCAUGGAUAAUACAAAUGAAGCUCAGCAGCAGCAGCAUCAGUCAAUGCAAGCAGCAAAUGCUGGCAAUGAAGUUUUGAAUAAUCAUCAAAUAGCUGAAGCCUCUAACCAUACACAACCCCAUACUGAUCAACUGGAAGCAGCUCAUGAUAAUCUAUCUACAUUGGCCACCUUGGCGGGGGCAGAGGCGGCCCCGGUAGUUCCAAGUUCUCAAGUUUCUGGAGAGUCCGGCUCUUCGUCAAACACAUCGAGUCAACCUUCAACAGCCACAGAGGCUACGUUGUCUCCUCAAAAGCUUACAACUCCUACGGCAAACAGUAAUCAACCACCUCCCCCUCAACCACCAGCACCACCUAUAGACGAAGAAGAUGCCAAAUGGCAUACAGUGGGCAUAUUUCCAAACUUGUCCACCACCGUUACCAGUUACAUAGACAACACCGUUUGGACUUCGGCGGGCCAAAGUUUGAAUUCCGAUGAAAUUCCAGAUUUAUCCCAAUUUGAACGCAUAAACCUGGAGCCAGGUACAGCCUAUCGUUUUCGCAUACGUGCUUUAAAUUCGGUGGGUGCCAGCGAUUGGAGUGAGAUAUCGAGUUUCAAAACCUGUUUGCCCGGUUUUCCCGGGGCUCCUUCGGCCAUAAAAAUAUCAAAAUCUUCGGAGGGAGCCCAUCUAACCUGGGAGCCACCACCAAGCUGUGUUAGUUCCAAUGAAAUUGUCGAAUAUUCUGUUUACCUGGCUGUCAAACCGGGCAAAGAAAAAGAGGCCAAGGCAGGACAAAGAGCACCGGCUCAAUUGGCCUUUGUGCGCGUCUAUGUGGGAGCGGCAAAUCAGUGCACUGUUUCACACAAUUCACUGUCGGCAGCCCAUGUGGAUUGUUCCAACAAGCCGGCCAUUAUAUUUCGCAUAGCAGCACGCAAUGAAAAAGGCUAUGGUCCAGCCACACAAGUAAGGUGGCUGCAAGAUCCAGUGCAAAAUUCAGCCUCAAAUCCGGGAUUAGGUCCCAAUAGUCUAUUAUCGCCUACUAGGGUUAAACCAGAGCUAGGAGGGGCCUCACCUAGUAAGCGCUUCAAAGCGGGCACAGGACGUUGAAGGGGGGAAAAGGAGAAACAGACACACACACAACAACAACAAAUGGAAAAUAUGGCUUUGAGGGAUUAAAGUCAAUCAAUAGUAGCGACAGGAGCAAAAUUUUUAAUUUAAUUUUUUUUAAGUCCAAGCUAACUUCAACAGGUGUUAGUUUAUAGCUAUUUUUGUUGGUAAGACACCUCUUUUAUUGAGAUCAAAUAUCAAUUUUUUUUUUGUUUGUUUGCUAAUCUAUAGACCAGCUGCCUCUAUAUUGAGACGUUAACCCCACCCUGCUCUCAACUACAAAACAAAAACUGAAAAUUGUAUAAACCUUUAACGCUAACUAAAAAUACUUCAUAAUAAAUUUAAGAUAAAACAAACAGA